CAGAGCAGUCCUGCCACAAACUUCCGGCCCCUGCCCACCCUCGCCGCCAUCGUCGUUGUCAUCCUCAUCAUCAUCAUCCUCAUCAUCCACCCUCCAGACUAUCUUCAGGACAACGGAUGGCCUGCUGAGGUCCAACUGUGAACACACUUGCAGUGAUUCCUGAACUUGAUCUCCUUGGAUCUUCCACCAUGGCACCAUCGAUCACAAUGGUCCUGGUUCUGUUUCUGUGGCAGAUGCUUGCGGCCACCAAAACCCUCAGUGAGUCCCCUGCAUCCGAGGUCACGGAUGUAGACCUGGAUCAGCACCGGCGCCUGUCCCGUGGUGCUGACGAAGAGGAGCAAAAGUCCACCUUCAGCCAAUCCUUCGAGAAUGACUCCGUGACACCACCGCAAGUCACCAGACGCUCCAACAUUACAGAUCCCGAGGGCGACCACGACCACGCCCCUGGACUCUUCAACCCUUUCUAUCCACUGAGGCACGGCUCCUACACUGCCUAUGUCACUGCGCUGGCAGCUGGCCUGCUGCUGGCGGUCGGUAUGGUGGGCAACAUGGCGAUUAUGUGUAUCGUGUGGAACAACUUCUAUAUGAGGUCUGCCUGGAACUACCUGCUGGCCAGUGUUGCAUUCUGGGACUUCCUGCUGCUGCUGCUCUGCCUGCCUGUGGAGCUGGUCAACUGGUUGUCACACCGUCGCAUCCUGCCCGAGGUCACCUGCCGAUUGGUACCCUACAUGGAGGUGGUGUCUCUGGGCGUCACUUCCUUCACUCUGUGCGCUCUGGGUAUCGACCGUUUCCACGCCGCCACCAGCUCAUUCCAACCAAAGACGCGGCGAGUGGAGCGCUGUCGCUCGGUGCUGGUCAAACUGGUUGUGGUAUGGGUCGCCGCCAUGCUUUUGGCCAGUCCUGAGCUCUUCUUGUGGCAAGUCGCAAGAACUGCGCCACCUGCCACUGCUGACUCCUGCUCCAUUAGUGCUUCCUCGCCACCGUCCCUCCUCCUGCCGGACUCCCUGCACUCAAUCCUGCACAGGUACCACCAGGCUCGCAUGUGGUGGACAUUCGGUUGUUACUUCUGCCUGCCCGUCCUCUUCACCGUCCUCUGCCAAAUGGCGACCCGCAACGUCCACAGCGACUCCAGCUCCGCCCAUAAGCAGCGUAGCCAUGACGACCCUUCCUCCAAUCACAAGCGACAUCAUCACCACGCGCUGGAGCGACAGCUCAACUGCACCCUGUUAGCAUUAGCGCUGGUGUACACCAUAUGCGUGCUGCCUGAACACAUAAGCAACAUCACGCUAGCCUACACCCACGUCACCAUCUCUGAGGACACGGUGGCCAUGCUGACGCUCUUGCAUCACUUCUUUUUGUUCCUCAAGUCCUCUAUUACCCCUGUGGUGCUGUUAUGUUUAUGUAAGGCGCUGGGUCACGUUUUCAUGGACUGCUGCUGCUGCUGCUGCCGAGUGUGUCAGCAGAACUUGGUUGAAGGUUCUCCGGGCUCUGCUCACGUCCCGCUAAAGGUAGCAAAAGAGGCGGCCAUCUUUUUCGACAAAGCGAAAGACACGUCGGCCAUCUUGUCUAUCUCCAGUUAGAUGAUACUUUUUUGUUGGGUUUCAUCCCAUCAUGCAUCCAGCUUUUUCACUUUCCUCUUCACGGUCGCUCCACUUCCCGUUUGCACAGGGAGUGUCAUCUGUAGUCAUCAUAGAGACAUUUGAAAAUUUGGGAAAAGAUUUGACAAGGUCACAAAAAACAUUACUUUGCGUGGCAGAAAUGCACAAAAGUGAUGUUUAUGUAGCAGUUUUAAAUAAUUGUUUAUAUUAAGCGUGAAAAAUAAAACAAAGUUGAGGUAGCUAAACCUAAAUUAACACAAAUCAUCCAAUUGCAGUCAUAUGACUUUUGUUUGUUGUUUUUUACGCAAUAAAUGUUGAUUGAAAACCUUUAUUGGACUUUAACACACUCACUUGAGCAUCAGCGUAGAUUGCGCACAUUUGAAGAUUAACGGCUCACUGACCCAUUGUCGCCAUGGUAACCGUCACAACGUCAACGUGGCUAAGGUUUGUCGUCUUUGAACCAUGUGAUCAAAGCGACAUUCAACGCAUUGGCCAUGGUUAUGUGAAAGAAUGACUGUCAAAAAUGUGAAAUAAAAAAUAACUUCAAUUUCACCAGUGAUGAUGUCAUCACUUUACAGUUAUGUCCCACAAUUCCGUCAUCAUAAUCUAC